AUGAGGAGUACCACCCUGUUGGUGCUGCUGUUCACGCUGCUUGCAGCGUGCUUGCCUUUGGUGUACGCAGCAGCACUUCCAAACCCGGACGAGUGGACCAACACCAACUACUUUAAACAGAUCGAUCUCGCCGGUUCCACAUCGUAUACGCUCACCACGCUCAACGUCAAGCCAAAAUCCUCGAAUUCGACUGCCGCUAGUGGCACUAGCGCGUCGACGUUGCCGUACCACUUUCUGCUGAGCGCACACGAGGCACAGCAUCUAUCGUGGAGUCGAUUGACGGUCAAGCCUGCGCUCGAUUCGGAACUCGCUUCGACCUCCGAGUUGAAGGGUGGUGCUCGACCGGUCAUCUCGCUGCAACGCCUGGGCGAGGUCGACGGCGAUGCGUACAAGAGUGUGCUGUUCGAGGCGCAAAUUCCGACCACGGUUCUGGGCGCAGACGGUGCAACGCUUUCACUGGAAACGGCUCUCAAUCACAUCACUCUUCCGUUGCCAAGUACGGUCAAGCAGACGGAUCCGCAGCUGUUCUUGUGGUCAGGAGAUGCUGCCGUCCGCUCUCCCUACACGACUGAAAACGCAAGGAUCAAGGUCAAAGCAGCUUCGCCCAACAUCCUAUCCUUCACACCGUCCGACGCGACCAAGUCCGGGUCGAUCGUCACGUACGGUCCGUUUGAAAACGUUGCCGCGUUCGUUGCCAACACUGCCACCGAUCAAGGCACCGUGCACUUCCAAGCAGACACACCACGAGCAACGAUUGUGUCUCUGGAUCGAACCGCCGAGAUCAGCCACUGGGGCGACGCGCUCUCGAUCACCGACCGAAUCCUCCUGCGCAAUUCCGGUCCGACGCUCAAAGGCCAUUUUUCGCGAAUCGAACACCAGAUGGCUUCCUUCUACAAACGCGGUGCGGGCUCGGCGCUCUCUUCGCUCUCGUUCACGCUGCCUGCCGGCGUCAAGGAUGCUUGGUUCAUCGACCAGAUUGGAAACGUCUCGACAUCUCGAUUCCGCGCAUCGAAACCCAACGCGGAGCUGGUGACGCUCUCCACUGGUGUACCCACCUCACAGGCGGUGGCGUCCAAAAUGUCGCUGCUUGAACUGCAACCGAGGUUCCCGCUGCUUGGCGGAUGGAACUACACGUUUAGCAUCGGCUACACUCUUGCGCUGUCUACAGGCUGGACGAAACGCAUCGCGGGUACACAUGAGUACGUCACCGCGGUGCCACUGUUCACGCCGUUGAAGGAUGUCGCGGCGGAUUGCGUGUCGACGACCAUCGUGCUCCCCGAACGCUCGACGCGCAUCUCGAUCCAACUGCCGUUUGACAUGGACACUGUCGAUCACAGCAUCACAAAGACGUACCUCGACACCAUCGGUCGUCCAGCACUCAAGGUGCACAAGCAAAACUGCUCGCCUCAUCACGCACAGCUUGUAUACGUCAAGUACACUUUGUCGCACACAGCCAACAUGUCCAAGGUCGCCGCAGUCGCUGCAGUGACAGCCUUGCUAUUCCUCGCCACCGCCGUCCUGCAGAGAGUGCAGACCAACAUUGGUUGA